CCCGGGGCCACCGCAGCGGGACCAUGCCCGCCCCAGCCUCCCGAGCCCCCGGCGACUGAGCGGGGCCGGUGGAGGCAGCGGGGGCCGGCGGUCGGGAUGCCCCGGCGGAGCCCGCUCGCCCUCGGCCUGCUCGGCCUCGCAGCCUGCCUGCUGACAGCACCGGCGCUGGGCUGCGGGCCGGGCCGGGGUCCGGUGGGGCGGCGGCGGCUGGGGCGGCGGCAGCUCUCGCCGCUGCUCUACAAGCAGUUCGUGCCCAACGUGCCCGAGCAGACGCUGGGGGCGAGCGGGAAGGCAGAGGGCAAAGUGCUGCGGGGCUCGGAGCGCUUCAGGGACCUGGUGCCCAACUACAAUCCCGACAUCAUCUUCAAGGACGAGGAGAACACGGGCGCGGACCGGCUCAUGACCGAGCGCUGCAAAGAGCGGGUGAACUCGUUAGCCAUCGCGGUGAUGAACAUGUGGCCCGGGGUGAAGCUGCGAGUGACGGAAGGCUGGGACGAGGACGGGCACCACCUCCCCGACUCGCUGCACUAUGAGGGCCGGGCACUGGACAUCACCACGUCCGAUCGGGACCGGCACAAGUAUGGCAUGCUGGCGCGCCUGGCCGUGGAGGCCGGCUUCGACUGGGUCUACUAUGAGUCCAAGGCGCACAUCCACGUCUCCGUUAGAGCAGAUAACUCGCUGGCCGUCCGCACCGGCGGCUGCUUCCCCGGCCACGCCACUGUGACCCUGCAGAGCGGCGAACGCCGGGGCCUGGCCGACCUGCGCCGGGGCGACUGGGUGCUGGGUGCGGAGCCAGGCGGGCGCCUGGUGCCCACCGAGGUGCUGCUGUUCCUCGACCGCGACCUGGACCAACGCGCCUCCUUUGUGGCCAUCGAGACGGCCAGCCCUGCGCGCCGGCUGCUCCUCACCCCGUCCCACCUCGUCUUCGCGGCCCGGGGGGCGGCCAACGCCACCUUCCUGCCCGUCUUCGCCCGCCGUGUGCGCCCCGGGGACGCGGUGCUGGCCCACGGUGCCGGGGGGCAGGGGCUGCGCCCGGCGCGAGUGCUGCGGGUCUCACGGGAGGAUGGCGUCGGGGUCUUCGCCCCGCUCACCUCCCACGGGACCCUGCUGGUCAACGGGGUGCUGGCAUCCUGCUACGCCGUCCUAGAGAGCCACCGCUGGGCCCACUGCGCCUUCGCCCCGCUCCGCCUCUUCCACGGCCUCCUCUCGCUGCUGCCCGUGCGCGCCGAGGCCGGGAACGGGACGGUGCCAGAGGCUGGGAUGCACUGGUACUCCCGCCUGCUCUACCGGCUGGCUGGGGGGGUGCUGGGCCACGAGGCCCUGCAGGUAUAGGGGGUCCCGCCCCCCCCCAGUCACCGCACUGCAGAUCAUGCUACACACUGGAAACUGGGGGCUCCAGCCCUGGGCCCCCCUUGCACCCAGGGAGGAGCGAUUGGGGUACCUCUGGCCCCGCGGAGGCGUUGGGGUGACCCUCAGCUCUGCUGGGGACAGGGUCUCUGGGAUGGGGCGUCAUGGGGUGGCCCAGGGACCUGAGCUCAGCCCCCUCCUGUGUCCCGGAGCCCCUCCUGCAGCACCGCCGGGUAUCUGCACCCGGGACCCCGCGCGCUCCCCCGCUAUUUAUUGCUUUAUUAACCGCUGCGGCUGGGGCUGCUGCCUGUCGGGCGUCAUCGGACCCUGCCCCGGGGCUGCAUCCAGUCCGGGGGAUGCCGAAUCCAGCCCAGCGGAUGCCGGAUCCAACCCGGGGAGUGCCGGAUCCAACCCGGGGGUGCCGGCCCCGGCUCUAACCGCGCUAACUGCUAACCCGCCCUGCUUGAGAGGUCUAUUUUUCUAUUUAUAAAUGGUAAUAUAAAUGCCCCCGCCCGCGCCGCGGGGCAGGGCUCAGCCUGCUCCUAACCACGACUGUGUCAGAAACAGAGAAUCCUGCUAUUUAAUUCUUUGGGUAAAUAAAGAGACUCUAUGGCCCCUGUGGA